AUACGGUAGCGAUGUAGUACGUAAAGUGACGGCUUUACUCGUACUUUCUAUUAUUCGCUGUACUUUCUCGAUCUUUCUCUUUUGUGUUCGGAUUUACUUUUGGUUGUUUCUACACGGAUGCGCCGUGUCUAUACAAGUCCCUGAGUGGCAGUACUUUAAUCACGAGUUCUCUCACUACGAGUUUUGGCAGUUUCGGGUUUCUAAUAAAAUUAUCGUCGGAGAUGCAGUUCUCGCUUCGCGUAGAUUCGUAGACUUAGCUAUGCCACAUUGAGAUAUUAGCUCAUACUCUGUCGUUGAGUAGGUCGGUAGGAUAGAUUAUUACGGUAAUUAUUCCUAUCGUACUGAUCUCUCCGUCAUCGGGAAAGCCGGAAAGGAAAUAUCUACGUACUUCUUGCUUACAUACAUUAUGAUUUUUUAGUCAUGCAAGUUGCAGUUUAAAUAUUUUUUCGCACCCUACUACAAAUAAAGUAUACAUUUUACUCAAAAAAUCGGUAAGCGACAAUAUGAAUGCAGAACUUCGGCAGUGCAUAUCGGUUUCUACGCCGUACAGUCUGAAGUCAUUGUGGUACGCGGUGGAAUUAUGGAUUGCUAAGCCCCAUCUUGUUAAUCGCCGUCUGUGUGGAACUGAAUCUUUCUUUUCGGGAAACGUGGAGGAUGCACUGCAGUACGCCCGGGAAGAUUUCCGACUGCAGGAACUGGAGGCUUCGCUCUGUAACCUGCGCAGCACAGCACUACUGAAACUGCGCAAUUUAAUCCCGCGAACAAAAGUGUUUCACGAAGUUAUCGAGGCGGUGCUCGUAGAUGAGUAUAAUCAUUGUGCUACGUUCAUCCCUUUGGCGAGUCAUAACGUUCAUGUUGACAAAACUGACAAUCAAAACUACGCGGAGUCUCAAAUAAAUUUGCCUCGCACCAAAACCCCGUCGAUGGAAUCAGCUUACAGGAUAGCAAUUAAAUCGCUGGAUGAUAACGAAGGAUGUGUAAUACGUGUCGAAGUGCUUUCCGAUGAGCAGACAUCUUCGCCAUCCCAAGAUUGGCUGAAGCAAUCGCUGCUUCCGAAACUUGUGGGAUGGAGUAAGAACUACCACCCGGAAAAGAAUAAAACACUCCCGAUGAAAAGAGUUUUGCGGCUUGUACCGGUCAAGAAGUAUGCAGAAAUCGUGAAAAGAUUGAAAUUAAACUAUGGGCAGCAGAUAGUACGGGAGUGGUCGGAAUCGACGGAUCCUCAUAAAUUCGUCAGUGAAGACAUUGGAAUAGCCGCCUAUCUCAUGACUCUUUGGGAAGACGAACAAGAGCGAACGGGAUGUCAAAAGCAGAGCUUCGUGGAUCUCGGCUGUGGCAACGGAUUGUUGGUGCAUCUUUUGUCAUGUGAAGGAUAUCCUGGUGUUGGUAUCGACGUUCGGGAGCGCAAAAUAUGGGCGAAAUAUGGCGCAGAUACGAAGCUAGUUCAAAGGACAUUUGAUCCAUCAACCGAAACUCUUUCUAAUGUUAACUGGAUAAUUGGCAACCAUUCCGAUGAGUUGACACCAUGGAUUCCUUACAUUACUGCCAGGUCAUCAUAUACAGCGAAAUUCUUCCUCCUCCCAUGUUGCAGCUUCGAUUUUAACCACAAAUUCAACAAACCGGGAAAUGAAAGCGAAUAUCAAGCUUAUUUUAAAUAUUUACGAUUCAUCUGCUCCACUCUCGGUUUUGUAACCGCGGAGGACACUUUGCGAAUCCCUUCCACGAAGCGAAAAUGUUUUAUUGGAUGUCAGCGAUCCUAUCCAGCCGAAGAACACGAAGCCAAAGAAUCCCAACGUGUUGCGUUUUUGAAUUCGCGCUUGCAGACCGGCCGGCCGAAUUUCGUCGUUUGUUCUGGUCACUCUCCCAUUCGCAACUGCACCACUCUUCCCCCAUCCAUGCGAAACUCCGUUAUUUCCGUCAUUGUCAAAAAAUUAUUGAGCACUGAUAAUAAAAUUCCUGUCCCAUCAACAGACUUUUGGAAUGCUGGUGGACUGCUGCCAUUGCGGGAUGUAAUACGAUUGCUGGAUGAGGACACGGUUUCCUCCAUGAAAAAUCAGUGUGGUGGACUGCAGACGUUCAUUCGAAACAAUCAACAUAUCUUCGAAGUUCAUAAUGCAGAAGUAAAACUGAGAAAUUAUGCUGAUCCACAUAAACGAAGCAAGAAGCUGAAAAUGGCUGCGAAAACCAAACCAUGCUGGUUUGUUGCGAAUCACCCGGAUGGUUGUCCACUGGACUCGAACUCGUGCUCGUAUAUCCAUCCGGAUUAAGGUUUCAUAAAUAUUGGUAAAUUCAUCUUGUGAUCUGUAUUAUUUUUUGGUUGAUUUUUUCAGACUAUUUUAUAGCCGAAUGGGUUAAGCAGAAUUCGUUGCGGGGGAUUUCUUGCCAGUAUGAACACUCAUCGACAUCGGUAUUGUGGCUCUCAGCCUUUUUUCUCUUACUAUUCGUUUGAAAACGAGACUUCUUGAUGCUUCCGCUUCUUUGUAACGAUAGCUUGCAUCCCAUUCUUGAAACGGUUUAUUCGAUAAAGGCAUAUCCCCUAAUCUGUCCAUUCUGCCGUCAAUUUUC